UAUUUGAGCAGUAGGUGACUGCAGCAGCAGUUCGAUGUUUCACCGCAAAGAGGACAGAUCAGGAUUCUGUUUUUUGAGACCGAAACAAGGACAUUUACGGCAGACGGACUGACUGGAGGACAAUCGGAGUGGAGUGUGUGUUUGUGGCUGGAAUGAAGAAACACACACUUCACAGACUCUUGCAUUUGUAUCCAACAAAUUGAGCUCCACAUUGGACCUGGGUCAGUUUGGUAAACAUGGGGGCCCAGAAAUCAAUUCAGCCCCUCUUGAUCUUGCUGCUGAUCCUGAUGCUCCUCAACGGGCUGUCUCAGCUUUGGGCAUUUCCCUUCAGCCCAUCACUGGACCUGGAUGUCACUCCCAGAACAACUGUCUUCUACAAAGGAAUGCUGGGCUGCAAUGGUUUCAUGGGCUCAUCCCAGAACUACAGCACCCUGCUGCUGGAGGAGGAGGCUGGGCGUCUGUAUGUGGGAGGCAGAGGAGCGUUAUAUGCGCUGAACACCUCCAACAUCUCCACAUCUGCAAACCUCACUAUUGAUUGGAAUACCACCCCUGAACAGAAGAAGCAGUGUUUGAACAAAGGCAGAAACAAUCAGACAGAAUGUUACAACCACAUCCGCUUUCUGCAGCGUUACAAUGAAACUCACCUGUACGUCUGUGGAACAAAUGCCUUCAGACCUCUCUGUGCUUAUAUAGCUACAGAAGGAUUUAACUUCUCGUCUGGUUUUGAGGAGGGAAGAGACAGAUGUCCAUAUGACCCAGCGAAGGGAUACACCGGCCUCCUCAUUGAUGGUGAGAUGUUCACGGCCUCCCAGUAUGAGUUUCGAAGCUCGCCAGACAUCCGCAGAAAUUUCCCCUUCCCCACUCUUAGGACGGAGGAAGCCCCCACCCGCUGGCUUCUUGAGGCAGACUUCGUGGGCUCUGUGCUGCUGAAGGAGAGCAUCAACAGCUCCAUAGGCGACGAUGACAAGAUUUACUUCUUCUUCACUGAGAGAAGCCAGGAGCAGAUCGCUUAUCCGAGCCAGACAAAGGUGUCUCGGGUCGCUCGGGUCUGCAAGAAUGACUGGGGUGGCCAGAGGACUCUGCAGCGGAAGUGGACCACCUUCCUCAAAGCCAGAAUGGUGUGUUCAGUCCCAGAAUAUGAGCUGCACCUCAAUAUUCUCCGUGACAUGUUUGUCCUGCAGGGGAGAGAUGUGCAAAGCAGCAUUUUCUAUGGUGUCUUUGGUUUGGAAUGGAAAAAUAUCAAAGCAUCUGCCAUCUGCCAAUACGCCUUCUCAGAUGUGCGCAGAGUGUUUGAAGGACCAUACAUGGAGAUGCAGGAUUCAAAAUGGAGGGAAUACACAGGAAAGGUUCCGGAGCCAAGACCUGGAUCAUGUAUAACAGACCUACAUAGGUCCCAGGGCAUAAACUCCUCUCGAGACCUCCCAGACAGCGUCCUCACAUUCGCCAGGAGGCACCCGCUGAUGGCUAAGCAGGUGCACCCAAUAGGCCUGCGGACACUCAUGUUCAAAAGGAGCGUCAACUACGUCAAGAUAGGUGUGCACAAGGAGCCGGCGCUGGAUGGAAACCUUUACACUGUCUUGUUUCUGGGAACAGAUAAUGGGUGGUUGCACAGAGCUGUGGAAGUCGAUGGAGAGAUGCAUAUUAUAGAGGAGCUGCAGAUGUUUGCCAAACCACAGCCAAUAGAGAGCAUGGUGAUAUCUUCAGUACAGAGGAGCAUCUACAUCGGCUCCCACUCUGGAGUGAUCCAGGUACCAAUGUCAACUUGUCAGAGAUACACUUCUUGUUAUGAGUGCGUAUUUGCCAGAGACCCCUUCUGCGGCUGGGACGGAAGAGCGUGUGUGGAAAUAUCGUCACGUUCGCAGAGGUCAAACUUAACGCAGGACAUCUCUAGAGGAACCAGAGGCUGUAAGGAGAAUUUAGGAAAUGUGAUCCAUCGGAGACGUGCUGUGAUGUUAGGGGAUGAUGUGUUACUCCAGUGUGAACUGCGCUCCAACUUGGCGACUCCACGCUGGACGCUAAAUGGCAAGGAGCUCCAGGGAUACGGGCUGAAUUCAGGCUACCGUGCUGGCACAGAUGGGCUCCUUAUAAUAGGCGCUCGCACCCAGCAGGGUGGCUCGUAUCGCUGCUUUGCAGUGGAGAAUGGCGUCUCAGUGCUGGUUUAUCUUUACACAGUGAAGGUUCACACAGAUCCAUACUUCCCAGUGGAGCCAACAGUCACCACGGAACCCACUACUGUCUCCAGCCCUGUGGUUUUGUACACCGUCAGCCCCACUGAGCAGCCUCUGCCCUCACCGCCAGCGCCGCUGCCUCCAGGAGCCAAUUUCCAGACCUACAGGCACAUGGAGGCCAUCUACAUAUCGUUGGUGGCGGUUCUUGGAGGGCUUUGCUUAGUGUUGACUGUGGUGCUGCUCUAUGUAAGUUUUUGCACCAGACGGGCAAGUCAGAGUCGCAAGUUCUCCCAUCAAAACCUCACCGUUCUUGGGGCCUCUGAGAGAAAGAGGAGCUCCCAUUUGGAGCUUAAAACCAUCUCCAGCCACUGCAACGGCCGCCAGGGCCGCCGCUCCAUCUCUGUGCCGACAUUUGGGGACUUUAAUGACAGCUUCCUCCAGAUAAUUCCCGAUGAUGACCAGAUGUCUCCGGCCAAAACGCCCCCACCGGCUCCCCCUCUUCCUAACCCCCCUCCACUUCCGAAUAUGGACUAUGCCAACGGGUUGUCGGCCACACUGCCCAGCGUGCUGAGGAAGAUGAACGGGAACAGCUAUGUGCUGCUCAGGCAGGCUGACCCCGAGGGCAUGUCGCCACUUUACCACUCAUUCACAGAGGAGCUCAACAGGAUCCUGGAGAAGAGAAAACACACACAGCUGGACAUGCAUCCUGAUGAGAGCUCCAUCUAGGACGCCCCAAUCAAUAUUGUUAUCCAAGGUGUUUAUUUGUAAUCCAACGGUGACGUGUGGUUGAAACUUUUUCAUUACUCUCCAGACUGGAGGUCUUAUUGCAGCUUGAUUUGAAACAUGGAACUUCUUCUGUCUGGAAAACGUUGAGUUACCGAUGAGUUCACUUUAUGAUGGACCAAACUGACGAGAGUGACCGAAAGAAGUGUAGUAGCUGUAAAGAAUUUGCACUAAAGGAAAGUAAAUGGGAGCCAUAUGAUGUCACCUCAUUAAACUCUGUGAAGGUUUAGGAGAGAUGGGAGUCACAUUGCAAUGAAUCACUGGAUUUUAUUUUUUUUUUUAGACGUUUAAACAUUAUGUAAUAUUUAUUCUAUCUGUAGAUCAAAUGAAACUGUUUUCAGUAUGAAUUCUAAGGAAAAUAAUGUCUUACCUAGCAUUAAAAAGUUUGAACCCUGCCAACUGACAACUUUGUACAAUAAUAUGUUUUUUUCUGUCUCUGAUCUGUAUGUAUACUUGGCCACCUGGAUGGUAGGAAGUGAGGCUGUGAGUAUAAGUAGCAGUCUGAGUUUUCCUGAUUUAGGAAGGUUUGGAAAAACAGGACUGAUGUUUGGCUGAAAUUUGUUGCAAUAUGCUUUUUGCUUAAGAAGUCAUGAAGCACAUUUGAUACAGUCCAACCACAAUCUACUGUGCUCACUGGUAUUUUUGUGAUAGACGCAGUAUAGACCAAAGUGUGUCUUUGCGAAGUCGAAGGAAAGCAAUACAAGUUUAAACACACUUGUAUCGGUAUAUAUUUGUAUUCAGUCCUUCUGGGUCAAUACUAGCUUUGAUGCAAUUAGAUUUGCAGGUCUUUAGGGGUAUGUCUCUACAAGCUUUGCAAAAGACGAAAGACUAGAGACUGAAAUCGUUGCCUAUUCCUCUUUGCAAAACAGCUCAGGCUCAAUCAAAUUGGAUGGAGGGUGUCUUUAAACAUAAAAUUUCAGGUUUAGCUGCAGAUUUAGGUCUGGACUUUGACAGGGCCAUUAUAACACGAGUCCGCUUUGAUCUAAACCGUUCCAUUGUAGCUUUGGCUGUAUUUUUAGCGUUUUUGUCAUUCUGGACAGUGAACCUUUGUCCCAGCCUCACAUAUUUUGCCGCCUCUAACAGGUGUUCUUCCAGGAUUGUCCUGUUUUUACAUCUCUGACAUGCUGUCCCUGCUGAAUAAAAGCAUCCCCACAGUAUAAUGUUGCCAACACUAUGCUGGGCCUAAAAGAUCAGUUUUUCUGGAUUCUUAAUCCAAGAGCAUUAGAUUCUAGAAGUAUCAGAUUAAAGGGGAGCGAAUACGGUACUAAUGGGCACCACCCUAACAGUGUUUUAUUAUUAAAAGAUGUACACGGAUUUCCUUCCACUUCACAAUUACUGUAUUCAUUGCUUUGUGUUGUUCUAUCACAUAAAAUACCAAUAACAAUGAAUUACACUAAAGUUUGUGACUGUUUUAGGAAAAAAUGCACACAUUUUCAAAGGUAUAAAAACCUUUUUAAGGCACAGUAGCAGGUUCCACUACCAUUUUGUAAACCCUCCCUUUUCCACUCUUCUGUCACCCCUGACACUUGUCUCCAUCCUCCUUAUACAUGUCCUCCCUCUCUUCUUUAUCCCUCUUGUGUACAGCACAACCAAACUACUUUGCAUGGUUGACCCUUGUUGCUUAAAGUUGUCCAUCUUUCAGUAUAGUAUCACUGUUGCAUCCUAUCCUGCUUCUACUAACUUUCAUUCAUCUUCUCUCCGGAUUAUCUUUCUUUCACAUAGAUCACCUAUAAGAAACUACACAAACUAUCUCUCUUUAUUUUUAAAGAAUUAUAUUUUAUUCAAAUAAUAUCAUUAAGAUGUUUCUUUCAACCCUUAGCACUUUAACAUUCAAUUAUCAGGGUUGAAAAAUUCAUUUGGAUUUUGUAAAGUACCCUUAUUUUAAAUAUAUUCAAUAAAAUUCAAAUUAGACAUGGGAAACAUAAAAACCUUUUGUGGAGAACUAAAGUUUAGGUGAUAAUUGUAAGCAUGUUUCCUGCAGUAAACAUCAAUUUACUCUGUUUUUAUUAGUUAUUGUCAGAAAGUAUUGAAUCUCUGUUUUCCUGAAAUGAAUGAGGAAGGAAGAAGGAAAGCUUAAAGCUGAAUCCCUAACAUGACCUUAAUGGACAAUAAAUUCUUGUGAAAUUAGUAUUUUGGUUGGAGUAUUACUUGAGGAAUCCAACAAUGUUGGUACGUUAAUUUAAAACACUAUUUGUCUUUUCUCUUGUGUAAAUACUGUAGCAACAAUAGCUUCACUUUACAGGCUCAGUAUGCUGUGCCUGUAACAACACCUGCAACUGGCUUAUUGUGUGUUUCUCCUUUGUGCCAUUUAUACGGGAAAAGAGAUUUAAAAAAAACACAAGAAUGAAUGGAGAUUUGCCGUGUGUUAAAGGAGCAUUCAGGAUUCAACUGGAUUGGCUGAUUUAUCUUAAGACUGCAGACGGACUUCUGCAGUCUUAAGCACAACGCACACUGAAGAAAAACAGAAAUGUGCUUUUUCUCCAUGACUAUGACUCCUCCCACAGUUUAACUGCAGACAACUUCUGCCUCCACUUCUUUGCACACUUACGUACCAGCAGAUACAGGUACACACAGCAUAUACACAUGUACACACAAGGAGCAUGCCGCAGUUAAGAAACUCUGUUACAUUAGUUGCUAAUAUUGUUAUUUAAAAAAAUUAUUAUUGUAAUUUCAAUAACUAUUCUUUUUAUAUUCUUAUUAUUUUUGUUGGGGAUUUUUUGUUAUGUUUGUCACCACUGUUAUUAUUUCUGUGAUUCCCCCCAGUCCUUUAGUUUUUUCCUCUGUCCCAGUCAUCUUUGUCUCUUUAGUGAAUUGUAAUAUUAUCACAAGAAAACGGUGUUCUGCUGUUGUUUCAGAGUCAGAGAAUGCCAGUUUUCUCCAAUUGUAAAGUCAGUACAGACACAGUACUUAGUAUAGAUAUGUUUGUCCUCUGCAGUAAAAAAGCUGCAGAUGGCAGAUCUCUUGUAGGACAUGCAGUGUGAUGCCAAAAAUUGCAGAGCUCAGUAUUGCCAUGGCAAGGUGAGCAACCCUCUGAUUAAAUAGAGCUUGUAGAAGUUACGAUGAUAGAAACGAAUCUGUGAGCAGUUUGUAAACGUGUCACAGCCAUUUGUGAAUAAAGAUCUGUCUUCCCAGUAGAGUGUUGAAUCAGCUCUUGUAGCUCAACAGCAGCGGGAUGCUCUCUGGUGGCUUGCAGUGCAUAAGUCAGAGCAGCACUGUGUGGCUCACCUCCACAAAGAGUGGACAGCAGCAUUUAGGAUUCCUGUGUUUUAGUUGCUGCUAUCUUUGCAGGUUGAUGGAGCCAUGAAAGCUUAACCAUAGGGGAUGAGAAGCUCCAAAACGCUCAUGUGUUUAGAAUAGGUAAAAAUAUUUUUGAUAUACUUUGAAAACCAAUGAUACAGCUUGUCUGAAAUUUCAAACUCUGUUCUGAUCAUUGUGUACACUGAUUUUUUCCUUGGCUUAUUGUAUUUCUCUGAUGACACGUCAUGUCUCAUUCUGUUGCUUUGUAUAAUAUUGGAGCAAUUUUAAUGUGAUCUACAAUAUAUAACUUAAUUCUUUGAACAAUUACUUUUCUUUAUAUGGACUAAAAUGCAAUAAACUGUUUAAUUUAA